AUGCAGAGACACGACCCCCGCCAGAGCUUUCCCCCUUCCCCUUUUCUUCUAUCAGCUCCAGAUCGAGACGGGAUUCUCCUCAGCGGGGGUUUUCUUCUCCUCCAGGGGGAAGCCAUGAAGCGGGAGAGGGCCUUUAUCAUUUUCUACGAGGGUCGUAACUUCCAGGGUCGUCAGUGGGAGUGUGGCAAUGACUGCAUGGAUACUUUCAGGCACUUCAACUGCUGCAACUCCAUCAGGGUCAGCGGUGGACACUGGGUGGCCUACGAGAAGCCCAACUACAACGGGUACCAGUACAUCAUGGGGCCCGGAGAGUACCCCGACUACCACACCUGGAUGGGCUUCAACAACUGCGUCCGCUCCUGCCAGAUGUUCCCUCCCUACAGAGGCUCCUACAGAAUGAGAAUCUACAACAGGCCUGAAAUGAUGGGCCAGAGCAUGGAGUUCAUGGAUGACUGUCCCAACGUGUACGACCGUUUCCGCUUCAGGGACAUCUUCUCCUGCAACAUCAUGGAGGGCUACUGGAUCUUCUAUGAGCACCCCAACUACAGGGGGCGCCAGUACUUCCUCAGGCCCGGAGAGUACAGGGCCUGCGGGGACUGGGGCUGCCACAACCCCAUGAUUGUGUUUUACGAGGAUAAGAACUUCCAGGGGCGUCACUAUGAGUGCACCACUGACUGUCCCGAGCUGCACGGCCACUUCAGCCGCUGUAACUCCAUCCGUGUGGACAGUGGGUGCUGGGUGGCCUACGAGAAGCCCAACUACUCUGGGUACCAGUACAUGCUACCCAAGGGCGAGUACCCCGAGUACCAGCGCUGGUCCGGCUUCAACGACUGCAUCCGCUCCUGCCGCAUGGUGCCUCCAUACAACGGGAACUAUAGGAUGAAGAUCUUUGAGCGCUCCGACUUCGGGGGCCAGAACAUGGAGCUGAACGAGGACUGCCCCAACCUCCACGAGCGCUUUCACACCCGCGACAUCUCCUCCGUCAACGUGAUGGAGGGAUACUGGAUGCUGCACGAGCACCCCAACUACAGGGGGCGCCAGUACUUCCUGCGCCCCGGGGAGUACAGGCGGCACAGCGAAUGGGGAAGCGCCUCCCCCACCAUCGGCUCCCUGAGGAGGGUCACCGAGGCCAACUGA